CCCCCCGCAGUGAAGGACGCCGACGGCGUGCUCUCCCGCUACAAGCGCAUCCUGACCACGUUCCAGCGCCUGCAGAGCAUGAGCCGCGCCUUCGCGCACCACCGCGUGGACCGCAACACCGUGGCGCUCACCACGCCCAUCGCCGAGCUGCUCCUCGUGGCGCCCGAGAAGCUGGCCGAGGUGGGCGAGUUCGACCCCUCCAAGGAGCGCCUCCUCGAGUACUCGCGCCGCUGCUUCCUCGCCCUCGACCCCGCCACGCUCCAGAAGGUGCAGGCGCUCAAGAAGAGCAAACUCCUCCUGCCCAUCACCUACCGCUUCAAGCGCUGAGCGCCCCGCGC